AUGGGUGUAAACAUUGAAAAUAUUAUGAAUGAAAUAAAAUUUGAUCAGAAGUUAAUUAGUGUAUUUGACACAUACAACAAAUACAUCAACUAUCGAUUCGACUAUCUCGUCAGAACAAGUAUUACUCAUACACCAGAUGAACUCAAUCACAACGUUGACUAUUCUGAAUUUGAUCCAAGUCAACAUAUUUCACAAAAUUAUAAUAAUAGUAACAAUAGUUUAGACAAUAUUAUAAAAAUGCGAGAAGAAUUAAAAACUUUAACAAAAGAAGUAAAUUCAAAAAGAAAAGAAUUGAGCAUGAUAACUAUUAAUGAGGAUGGAUUAAAAAAUAAUAUUAAACAAUUAGAAGAUAUUAUAUCAAUUAAGAAAAAUUACAUCAGUGAAACUGCCAGAUAUGCAGAAGUCAGAUGGAAAGCAAGGGAAAAAGUUGAAAAAGAUUACAAUAAAACAAACAAAAAAUAUAUUAAAAUUGUAAGUCAGUUAAACAAAUCAAAAACCAAUUCUGCUAAUGGAUCUAGUAAAGAUAAGGAUUACGGGGAGCGAACAAAUAAUAGGCGAUUACGAUAUGAAGAUAAAAUUAAAAAGAUGAAUGAUAUUAUAAAAAUUGCCAGUGAUAGUACAGAAAAAUUACAACAAUAUCAAAUUGCAUUACAAACUUCUAACGAUCGCUUAAAAAUAUUUUAUGACCAAUUAAAUAACCAUAUAAAAAAUAAACAAGAAAUUUCAUUGUUUUUAAUAAAAAAUGAAAAGCGAAUUAAUCAAUUGAAAAUUAAUUUAUCAAAUUUGGGGGUUUUAACAAGCAUAGAAAGAAUAAGAGUCCAUACAUCAUCAUCAAAUUUAAUUGAAAAUGAUAAUUUAAAAAAAGAAUUUUUGGAUUUGCAAAAUAUGAGGAAUGAAAUUUUAAGUUCACGUCCUAGAGGAAUGUUCAAUCCCAAAUAUCAAAAGGAAAAUAAUUUAUUCAAAGAAGAUAUUCGAAAAUAUUUAGAAAAUGAUGAAGCAAUUGAUUCCAUAGAUUAUUUAAUUGAAUUAAAAAAUAAUAUGUGCAAUAAAGAUACAAAUUUAUUAAAUUUUAUUCAAACGAAUUCAAAUGAAACAAAAAUUUUUUGGAAGUGUCUGUCAACUUUAAAUGUAGACGAACUAAAAAAGUUGUUGGUACAUUAUUUCAUCAAAGUUGUAGAUUUAAAAGAAACUGGACGAGAAAAUGAUGAAAUAAUAUCUAAACUUGAUGCAACGAGUGAUAGACUUAGGCAUAAUUAUAUGUCUUUAAAUAAUAAUUUUCAAGAAUUUCAUUUGUCAAUUGAAAAAAAAUACAUUGAAUUAAAAAAACAUUAUCAAGCAAAACUUGAUAUGUUAUUCCAACUAAUUCAAGAAAAAAAUAAUGCUAUUACAAUGUUUAAAAUGAGACAAAAAAUUGUAGGACUUAAAAAGAAAAUUAUUGAAUUGGAGAAGUUACAAACAGUGAAACCAAAGGACACUCCAGUGAUGCCAGAACCCCAAAUAAGUUUAAAUCUUCUAGAAGCAUCAAAAUCAGAAUCUGAAACUAUGUCAUCUGCCAAAGUGAUAUACUACAAAAACAAAUUGAAGAUACAAAAAAAUAAAUCCAAAUAA